AGACAAAUUAUAUACCUACGGACUCGUGAAUAUUUACUGAAUAUGAAAAUGCAAACUUCUCGAGAUUCCACGGCCUCUGAAAGAAGUAUUUAGCAUCCGAACCCCAGGAUUCACGGAUUUGAGAGGGGCACCCCGGAGAUUUAGUUUCGGCUGCGCUAGCCGGUGGCCGUUUCUACCCGUUUCUGAUGACGUCAUAACGUGUAGGUUAUUUGGCCACUCGGUAUUGCAGCUGGUUCUUCGCAUGGUGGUCGGUACAAAGGUGUACGACAAGCUUCGAGAGGAAUGGCUGAGGACCAGACUGAUGAACGACAUUGGGAUGAUGUCCCCACAUGCCCAAACCAGCAAGGUUGAAUCAUUCCACAACAUCCUCCUUCACUUUUGCCCCAAGUUGCUUGUAUACUCAUAUCAAGGGAUGAAGUGCAGAUUAUAUUUGGCUGUCCUACAUUGGAACGAAAAUUGUGAUAGAGCCCAGGCUGUUGAUGCCGAAGGGAACCCAGUGUACAGGUUGAAGUAUCCACGCUCGAAGGAAGGAGGCCACACAGUGGAGAGAGUGCUGACAGCUGGCACAUGUGGUUAUGUGAAAGCCCUGAUGAGAGUUGUCGUAGAACUGGUGGAAAACAGGGAGCAGCUCAGAGACAACAUGGAGGAGCUACAGCCUCAACCAGCACGGAGUGCCUCUCAUCAUCACCCCGACAAUGGAGAAGCCGUGCAAGCUUUUGAACAACAUCAUCGCUUUGGCGAUAGAAACUAGUUCUUUUGGUGAUAGAAACUAUGAUGAAUGUGUCAGCUACCUGAACAUUAACCACUGAUUGUUUUAUUUCAGUACAAGACAUGUUUUUCAUAGACCCUAAAUUAUGUUUAUGCCAGUAUAAUUAUGGAGAGUAACAUGGAAGUACUCUAUGCAAGUGAGUAGUGGAUUCCGAUUCUAUGUGAGUGUAAAGCACUAGAAACUUGUCUGUAAGCUUGUACAUACUUACACAAGCCAAAGUCCAUGGUACACAUCAAUAGUCAUUGGUUUUAAUAGGUAAAAUACUUAUUAAAUUUGUAAAACUUACAUUUUUAGUUCAAUUAAAAACAAUUUCUGAAGCAUAUGCACUAGAUUUUCAUAAACACUAAGUAAAUCACUGUUGAUCAUGAAUUUGGCACCAAAUAUAAUCUGAUUUUUCUCACAGUCCUUCAUCUUGGCCAAUGCUUUUUGCUUCUUAUUUGCAAAAAA